AGUGAAAGAACUGAAAUCCAAUGAAUGAAAAGGGGUGGGGCAAGGGACAGUCAGGCUGGGGAGAGGAGCCGGUACAAGCUGGGCAAGACUGAAGGGGAGGAGCCGGUACAACUGGGCGAGACUGAAGGGGAGGAGCCGGUACAACUGGCGAGACUGAAGGGGAGGAGCCGGUACAACUGGGCAAGACUGAAGGGGAGGAGCCGGUACACCUGGGCAAGACUGAAGGGGAGGAGCCGGUACACUGUGCAAGACUGAAGGGGAGGAGCCGGUACACGACUGAAGGGGAGGAGCCGGUACACGACUGAAGGGGAGGAGCCGGUACACGACUGAAGGGGAGGAGCCGGUACACGACUGAAGGG